AUGUCCGAGGGCCCGUCUACCCCAUUCAACGGGCCCAAUCUGGCUAACGGCACCUCUCCGGCCGACCAACUGCGUCUCGAGGCAGCUCGAAAGCGACUAAAGAUGGAACGAGCCACAAGCGAAAGCGAAUCCCCACUCGAUGCUCAAAUCCGACGCAUGACAAGAGAAUUGGAGGAAUUGAAGAAGCAGAGACAAGUCGCGGAGUUGCAGGAACAAAUUUUGGUGGAACAGCAGCUUUUGGAAGCUUCCCGUCACCGCUACAGCGUCGCAGCUGCCUCGGCCUCCCCGAAGAACAGCCCAGCUCCGCCGUCGUCUACAUCUACCUUGGCCAGUCCUCCGAUCGCGAGCCUUCCACUUCCACCUCAACCCCAACCCCCGCAGCCGCUAGCGAAAGCGCCAAAUCAGCCAAACAAUGCACCGGCAGCGGCCUCGCCGGCUGUCAGUCGACCUCCCGUCGCGCCUCUGCCCGCUGCAGUUCAACAGCCUCAGACGCCGAGGGCACCCGGCCAGGCUCCGAAUGGGCAGCCUCUAAAUGGGCAGCCUCUAAAUGGGCAGCCUCUAAAUGGGCAGCCUCUAAAUGGGCAGCCUCUAAAUGGGCAGGCUCAGAAUACGCCUACUCCUGUGAAACGCGAGCUAGCAAAUACACCAACUCAGGUCCAGAGCUUCGCAAUUCCCAAGAUCAGCAAUGGCGUGGUCAAUUCGACUUCCGCGCAGCGACCAAAUGCGGUUACAGCAUCGUCUCCCGAGAUAUCAAAGCAGCAGCUGCAACACCAACACCAACACCAACACCAACUGCAGGAGCAGCAGCAGCUUAGGGCACAGCAGCUGAAGGAACAACAGCAAAGAGAACAGCAACAGAAAGCACAGCAGCAAAAGGUACGGCCGCCGCCGCCGCCGCCUCAGCAGCAGGGGCAGCAACAGCAACAGCAACAGCGCCCAUGGUUCGACCGCCCACGCACACCGGGCGCCCCUGCCGACUCCACGCUAGAGAAGGUGCCGCCAUAUCAAGGACGGAGCCGGGACGAGUACACGGAUUUUGUUUCUGCUCUCGAAACCCACUUCUCCAAGGCACCACAAUAUUACAGCAAGGACCGGGAAUAUCGGCAGGUCAAGCUUGGCUUACAACACCUUGCCUCCACGCCGCGAGAAGCUUGGUAUGCCCUCGAGGAUCGUACCCAGACCUGGCAGGGUUUCCGCACAUUCCUACUCAAGGAAGUGGUGAAAAGGUCUUUCGAGCAACCCCGUCCCAAAGCAACACCUCAAACCCCAACCCUAACAACGAACGCCGUGACGGCCCAGAACCCAGCUGCACAGCAACCGCCGCAAUCCCAAAGCAACACUUCGAUGAAUCAACAAUCCCAGCCAGCCUGGGCGUCUCCGCAAGCCCGGGAUAACGGUUCCAUGUUAGACGGGGUACCACGGGACGCAGCCGACGUCAUUUCCGCGACGGUCUUUGAGAGAUACAAAAAUAGCGAACAGACGCUGGGUGAAACAGUCCAAUCAUUCUCGAAACGGCUGCAAGGGCUGGCCCUUUUUUUAAAAGCUGAAGUCAGUCUCCAGGAUCGAAUGGGCUUUUUGAAAAAGGGGGUUGUUACAUCCAUCCGGAACCGGGCCCAUCGCCCACUUUCCUACUUCAAGACCUACGAUGAGUAUGUUGUUUACCUGCAGGAUAUCGAGGACACCCUUCCACAGCGACAGGCAGAGCUGAAAAAGGAGCAACCUCCGCGGAGCCAGCCGACGACUACCCGUGGGUGGAUUCCCGUCCCUCGAGACGCAUCAACCGGUGUUCAGACAUCCCAGCGAUCACCACCCCCCGGCCCCAGGGGGCGCUCGCCUGCUCGUGCAGGCAAAGCCCAGGGCAACAAUCAGCAGGCUCCGAAAUCACUGAAUGGCUCCAGUGUCCGCUCGCAAGCCUCUCCUGGUCAUUUACCAGCCCGACCAGGCAAUGGUCCGACGUCUCCAGGUGCGCGCAAACUAGAGGCGCGCAGAAUGUCGUCACCAGCCCCACCAGAUCCCUAUCUCAAAGUUACCGAUGGCAGAGACUGGUGGUCCUGCCGGAACUUCAUCGGACACAUGGAGGUACACUUCAGAAAAUACCCACAAUACUACACCGAGGAUCGAAAGGUAGCCGCUGGUCGACGCUGUAUUGCCCCUAGUCUAAUGGGAGAAUUUAACGCCUACGCCAGCAAGCGUCCCCAGAUGACAUGGUUCGAUGUCUGCGUCUUCGUCAUCAACCAGUCUGCACAGAGCUUCACACCCACGGAAGCAACAACUCGGUAUCUCCGCACAUCUCAGAAAGAGCACCAGAAGAUUCGAGACUUUGCUUUGUGGCUCCAGCAAUUUGCGCCACAUUAUCGGAGGCCCGGUUGGGAUGAGCUCAGGCACUUAUACGACCGCGCCUUGCCUGCUAUCAAGAGGAGGGCGCGGAAAGAUUGGAAAGACUUCAACUCCUUGGCAUCCUUCGUGGCAUAUCUAGAAGCUGUUGAGAACAAUGCCCCAGAUCUACCAAGGGGCAAAGGCUCAGAUAAUGGCCCGUUACCAGGGUCACGCAAACGAAGUCGGGAAGAUUGA